AUGCCAACAGGUGAGGGGAGUUUUGAGACGGGCAAGAAGGGGAUUGUACAGGGACCGAAACCGAUAUCUACGUCUUCACCAGCAGGGUUGGCUGCGGCACAGAUGGUGACGCCGUCGAAACUGUCAGCACUGUUGUUGGAGAGGGGCCCUCUGGCGAUUCGGCAUAUAACGCAGACGUUGGGGGCGGAGAUUCCGAGUUUCAAGGAUUUGUCGUCUUCGAAGCAGCGCAGACUUAUCAUGAGUGCGAUGGAGAGCGGCGACGUAGACAGCAGCGUUGUGUUUGAGAAGAUCGGCUGGGGCCAGUGGUCGGCCAAGGUGGUGGAGGCGGAGAAUUUUGCCAAAGAGAGAGAGUUGACGAAUGCGGCGAACGCCAAGGUGAAGGAUAUAGUGGCACAGGAGAGCCAGAGGAGAAGAAGCAGUAGUAGCCAUAACCGGGGCAAAAAACAGCCGCUGGCUUCGCUGGCUGCGGGCAAAAACGGAGAUGGAGGGGUGGUUUAUAUCGACGAGAACCCACUGGCCUCCGAGGACGAGGACGAGCCCUUUGGACGCGAGGAGGAAGACGGCAACGAGGACGAGGAUGAUGAUCUUGUCAAGAGCGACGAUCCGUACAGCUUCAGAAGGAGGAAAUCGAGCGUGGUGUUUGCGGACUCGUCCCCCGAAGGCGUGGAACACGAGCUGCUGGCACAACGCGUGAGACCGCUACUAAAGGGAAAGCGUGGUGGCAGGAGAUCGAGCUCAAAGAUGGCCAACUCAUCGGUCUUCAAGCCCGGCGUUCACCUCGAUCACCCCAACGGUGGCUCCAGCAAUAGCGCGGCCGUCUCGCUAUCGGCAACGCCGACGAUGAUCGAUCUAGAGCAGAUCUCAAACUCGUUGAGCGAGUCAUCGUCAAGGAGGGAAUCCCGCGUGUCGUUCUCGAAAGAGUCUAGCAUACGAUCUACGCUUCUCCCGCACAAGAACUACCACUGGAUCCCCACGUCGUCGCCGCGAUUGACAUAUCAAACAUCCACUCAGGCCCCACCGCUCCUGGCAGCUUCGCAGGGAAGCAACAGGAAAAGACAACAUAGCGCUAAGCCGUCGCACAAGACCGACAGGCACUCGGACACAGACGAAGAGGAUUGGGCCGCCAUGGGCGCUGCGACACUGCGGAACAACAGCGUCCCACCCAAGAUGGACACCGUGGCCACGUCGCCGAACGGGUUCGUAGCCCCGAAGGUGAUCGACACUUCAGAGAUCCCCGGCUUCGAGCACCAGCUACCGCCGCCCGCGGUGCGCACGGGCCGCGACGACCAGCAACAGCAAUCGCAGCCAAGAGCAGGCCAAAGCGAGGACAGCAGCGAUGCAGCAAAGCUGCUAAUGAGCCUAAAAUCCUGA